UUUAGGACCCUGGUGAGAUCUUGCUAGGUCGUGGAACACGCUUCGCAAACCUAGCAAGAAGACUGCUAGAGCUAUAAAACUGGCAGAGCAAGCCACGAAAGUAAGUGGUUAGAUGAUGAGUAGGGCAACACAGACUACCUUGGAUUGAGGCUGAUUUCAGUACUCCUCAGACCCCAGAGAAAAGGGCUGAUGACAGUGGGUCCAUCCAGCAGUGAAUCGGCCGUGAUGCAGACCUUGGUCAAGAGCACCAAUCUAAACACUUGAAUUGUUUGAAAGGGCGAGUAGUGAUGAGUGGAAAGAGCUUACUGCUGAAGGUGAUUCUACUGGGAGAUGGAGGAGUGGGGAAGUCCUCCCUAAUGAAUCGAUAUGUGACAGAUCGAUUUGACUCCCAGUCCUUCCACACCAUCGGGGUUGAGUUCCUUAACAGAGACCUGGAAGUCGAUGGGCGCUUUGUCACUCUGCAGAUCUGGGACACAGCAGGGCAGGAGCGUUUCAAGUCACUGCGGACUCCAUUCUACAGAGGCGCCGACUGCUGCCUUCUCACCUUUGCUGUGGACGAUCUCCACAGCUUCCAGAACCUUCCAGCCUGGAAGAAGGAGUUUAUGUACUACUCUGACAUACGAGACCCCGACAGAUUUCCCUUUGUAGUGCUGGGGAACAAGGUGGACAAGGAGGAGGAACGUGAGGUGGGCGAGGACGAGGCUAGGGCAUGGUGCGAGGAGACCGGCUGCUGUCCGUACUUUGAGACCAGCGCCAAGGAUGACACAAAUGUGGGGGCGGCCUUCGAGGCGGCAGUAAGGGAGGUGCUGGCCACCGAGGACCAGAUCGAUCACGCGCUGCUAAGCAGCACCAUUGAUCUCCACGGCAACCGCAAAGCCCAACGGUACUCCUGCUGCUGAUUGGGUACUAUUGGAGGACUGUUGACCUGCCCUGCUUGCUUCCUGCCUGUCUGUUUGUCUCUCUCUUGUCUCUCUU